AUGGCCGCAGUGACACUUCUCCCAACCCCAAAGCCCUGGUCUGUCUCAGCUGAUAAACUGCACCGGCGGUCCGGCGACGCCAUGCUCACUCAAGAUACACUUGAGCUGACACGUAACAGGUUUGACCAGAGCAGCGAAUUCAGCGUCGGCCGAGCCAAGUACACGAAGCCAGUGCCGCUGUGGGAUGGAGCCACCAGCGAGACGGCCAGCUUCACUACCACCUUCUCCUUCCAGAUCAUUCGGGACCCGAGGUCGUACACUGGUGAUGGGAUGGCGUUCUUCCUCGGGCAUUUUGGGUCAGAUAUCCCGAGCAACAGCACAGGGGGCAGCUUGGGCCUCCUCACGCACUACACCAACGGCACCGGCGAUGGCACUCUGAAUCCGGAAAACGCUGAUAUCAGCGACAGCCAUGUGGCCAUCGACGUCAACUCCGUCAACUCCACGGCAACCAAGGACACUACCUCGCCGACCAAGAACCUCACGUCCUCCGUGAUGACGGCAACCGUGAGGUACGUCAACGUCACCAAGUUGCUCGCCGUCCAACUCGUCAUCAACGGCACAUCGUACAACGUCAACACGACCGUUGAUCUGAGGAGCUACCUGCCAGAGCGUGUCGCCGUGGGAUUCUCAGCGGCGACGGGCCACGCCGGCGAGAUGAACAAGAUACUGUCAUGCCGUGCUGGUAUGGCAGCAUAA